GGAAUGCGCUCCUCACACACACACUCCGGCUCUCAGCUCUGCUAAACCUAUCUCUUAUCUUCUGCAUUAACAUUCCUCCAGACCGAGCACAUUAAAGCUGCUUUCGACAACACCGCAAACUCUCUGGCCAUUUCCCAAACAGCUUGACCGCCUCAGAAUGUCCAACACAACAUCCGCGCUGCCCUCCAGUGUUCCAGCUGUCAGCUUGGAUCCAAACGCCACACUAUGCCAGGAUUGGGAACAGUCUCAUCACCUGCUGUUCCACCUGGCCAACCUGAGUCUCGGGCUGGGUUUCCUCAUUCCCACCACAUUAGCGCUUCAUAUGAUCUUCCUCAGGCUGCUGCUGAUGACAGGCUGCUCUUUGUUCAUAGCGUGGGCUACGUUAUAUAGAUGCACACUGGAUGUUAUGGUGUGGAAUGUGGUUUUCCUUCUAGUGAACUUCAUGCAUUUCUUCUUCCUGCUUUAUAAACGCAGACCGAUUAAGAUUGACAGGGAGCUCAAGUCAGUGUACAAGCGCAUGUUCGAGCCCCUGCAUGUGCGAGAGGCUCUGUUUCAGAGACUCACUGGCCAGUUUUGCACUAUCCAGACAUUAAAGAAAGGCCAGGUUUAUGCAGCAGAAGACAAAACCUCUGUUGACGAGCGCCUCAGCAUUCUUCUCAAAGGAAAGAUGAAGGUAUCGUAUCGGGGUCAUUUCUUGCAUAACAUUUACACCAAUGCCUUCAUCGACUCUCCAGAAUUCAGGUCAACUCAGAUGAACAGGGGUGAACGCUUUCAGGUGACGAUCGCUGCUGAGGAGAACUGCAAGCUGUUGUGCUGGUCCAGAGAACGUCUGACUUAUUUCCUGGAGUCAGAGUCUUUUCUGAAUGAGGUCUUCAGGUAUCUCAUUGGCAAAGACAUCACCAACAAGCUUUACUCCCUCAACGAUCCAACCCUCAGUGACAAGGCUGUAAAGAAAAUGGACCGCCAGCCGAGUCUGUGUUCCCAGCUGUCUAUGAUGCAGAUGAGGAACAGCAUGGCGAGCACCAGUGACACUGACGACGUGCUCAAUCAGAUCCUGAGAGGUGGAUCAACUGGCUCAUCACUUCCUGUGACCUCAGAUCGGGCCUGAUGGGGUAGAAAAAUCCUCUGACGAAAACAUCCACGACUAUGAAGCCAAUCGAAGAAGGACUGGAAGAUGAUGUUUUUGAAUCCGAGUCCCCCACCACCUCCCAGAAUGUUUCAAAGACCACCAAAAAAGACAUUUAAACGUAUUUGAUCACCUCGCAGUCUUAGCCUUUAGCAUUUCACUGCUCAUUCGACAGAAACGAAUGUGAGAUUACACUAGUAUAAGUUAAGAGACCCCUUAGGCAGGCAGAUUUAUCCUUGAAAAUAUUUUCGGAUAUCAUAUGAUCGACUGUAGUAUUUUCUUGCUUCACAUAACAAACAGUUUGAUUUUUCCAUCAUUUCUCUAAUGAUCAAGUAGAAAUAUAGCUUAUGCUUCCUUGCAUGCUCCUGAUUUCUCAAGUCCUAUUUUCACAUGUGAUUAUGUUCCAGUGUUCUAUUAUGCGGAUUACACCAUUUGUGCCUUUGAUUUGAUCACAUAAUGUUACUAAGGAAUCACUUAGUUUAAGCAAUGUGUGUUACAUUUGAAUUUACUGAAUGUCCUAUUUAAAGCAUUUUGAUCUCUUGUAAGUAGUUUAUUUUAUUCUGUGAUUAUAAGGAUGAGACGUUUGUGUGUUUAAAAUCAUACAGAUACUUGAAAUCACUUUUUAAAUUAAAGUUUUGCAUCAUGCUGUCUUCGUGCCAACCUGGGUGUUUUCAUAAAAACAAAGAACAUUUAUGAUGCAA